AUGGCAAGAUUCAGGUUGGAAAUUCAAUGGCAAGAUUCAGGUAGAAAAUUCAAUGGCAAGAUUCAGGUGGAAAAUUCAAUGGCAAGAUUCAGGUGGAAAAUUCAAUGCCAAGAUUCAGGUGGAAAAUUCAAUGGCAAGAUUCAGGUGGAAACUUCAAUGGCAAGAUUCAGGUGGAAAAUUGCAUGGCAAAAUUCAGGUUGGAAAUUCAAUGGCAAGAUUCAGGUAGAAAAUUCAAUGGCAAGAUUCAGGCGGAAAAUUCGAUGGCAAAAUUCCGGUGGAAAAUUCAAUGGCAAGAUUCAGGUAGAAAACUCAAUGGGAAGAUUUAGGUGGAAAAUUCAAUGGCAAUAUUCAGGUGGAAAAUUCAAUGGCAAGAUUCAGGUGGAAAAUUCAAUGGCAAGAUUCAGGUACAAAAUUCAAUGGCAAGAUUCAGGUGGAAAAUUCAAUGGCAAGAUUCGGGUGGAAAAUUAA